UCUGGGGACUUGAGACUGUUAUUAUCUACGGCUCUACAAGAAGUGUUCAUAUGCUAUACCUUGAACACAUCUUAAAGCAACAACAAAUUAAUCUUGUGAAGUGUGAUGACCCUUAAAAAAAUUAAGAGAUGAGUCGGUGAAAUUUUGAAAACAAUUGUGUGUGUUGGGGUUGAAGGCGGGCGCAUGGAUGGGUGAUGUGAGCGCAGGAAACGAAAUGUCAUUCUUGUAAUAUUUUCGCACCAUUCUCAGCGUUAUAUGACCCGGAAUUAUUUAUGUGAUACUGUAAAGGUGGGGGAUACUGUUGGCCAUUAUUUCUGUGAUAAUAUUUAAACAUUUGGGUAAAUGUGAACGAGUAAAAACUGUGAUUGAACAGAGUGAACACAACAACUCCAGCCAGCCAGCCACCAUAGCCGCAGGGAGAGACGGACGGAAUCUACCUACCUACCUGCCCUCUGGAACAAACCACUAAAAAUUAGCCGCAAAAACUAUCAGGGGGCGAGACUGUGGCUCAGGACUUACACCACCGACUAACAUACAUACGAGUCUCAAAAAUCUCUCGUAAACGGCGAGACAUAAACAAAAAAGAAACCACCAUGGUAGCUCCUUGACCCACCUCCCUCCCCUCACCUACCAGCACCCCCAAACCUAUCGUAUUCUAAAAGUUAUGGGCGGGAGUGUGGGUAAGGGGGGUUCAGGAAAGGGAGGGUCGCUGCUGGACGCUCUACCCUCCCUGAACGCGCCCUUGCAUGUGGUGAUGUUAGGGCUGGACUCUGCAGGGAAGACUACCGCCCUCUACCGUCUUAAGUUUGACCAGUACCUCAACACCGUUCCCACUAUUGGUUUUAACUGUGAGAAAAUUAAAGGAACUUCCGGCAGAUGUAAAGGCACAAGUUUUCUGGUAUGGGACGUCGGUGGUCAGGAGAAGCUUCGUCCGCUCUGGCGAUCUUACACACGUUGUACAGACGGCAUCGUGUUCGUGGUCGAUUCUACGGACACCGAGCGUAUGGACGAGGCCAAGAUGGAGCUCCUACGGACGGUACGGACGCCAGAGAACCACCACGUACCUAUCCUCGUCCUAGCCAACAAGCAGGAUCUUCCGGGAGCCAAGGACGCUGCCCAGGUAGAGAAGAGUCUUGGUUUACGAGAGUUAGGACCAGCACAGUUGUUCCACGUGCAGCCGUCGUGUGCCAUCAUAGGGGACGGGCUGGAGGAAGGGCUGGAGUGCCUCUAUGAUAUGAUCUGUAAGAAGAAGAAGAUCAACAGAAGUAGUCACAAGACCAGCAAGAAGAGGUGAUUGUGAGCCCCAUACCUUAACCUAAGAUGUAGUUUUAAAUAAAUAUUAUCACUUAAA